AUGAGUGAUUGGAUAGAAACUCCACCUGAAAAUAGGAUCUCUAAAGAUGCACAAAUCGAAAGCUUGGAUAAUAUAGUCAUAAGUGGAUAUGUCACAAUCAAUCGCAAUGUCAAAAUAUCUUUAGAUCCACCAACACCAUCGUCGCCAUCACCAAUUUUAUCAAUCGGCAAAUAUUGUUAUAUAUACCCCGACGUAGAAAUAACACCAUCUACAGAGAAAAUGUUUAUUGGAUCCUAUGUCAUUAUUGGGAGCUCGAGUAAAAUCAUGGCUAAAGAUAUUGGCAAUAGAGUUAUAAUUGAAGAUAAUUGUGUUGUACAUCCACAUUGUGUGAUUUAUGAUUGUUGUUUAAUAAAAAGUGGUACCAUUAUUCCCAAUAAAGUAGUGAUUCCACCAUAUAGUAAAGUGAGCGGCACUCCAGGAGUUGAUUUCACAAUACAACCAUUACACAAUAGUUAUAAGAAAAGCAUAGAAUUAGAAGCUAAACAAUUACAGAUACUUAAUCCUUCUUAG